AUGUUCACGAAGGAGCAGAUUGGCGAGCUACGAGAUGCCUUCAACCUGUUUGAUGCCGAUGGAGACGGAAAGGUGUCUGCUUCCGACCUCAAACAGUUCAUGUCGUCUAUUGGAGACCCGUGCUCUGAGACUGAGAUUGCUGAAAUGGUCUCUGUGCUUGAGCCAAACUGCAACUUCAUGAUGCUGCUGACUCACCUUGGUGAGAAGAUGGCUGAAAUUGGAGACCUGAAUUCCAUUCUGUCUGCCUUCAAGAACAUCGACGUGGACAACAGUGGCCUGAUAGCCAAGGACCGCCUCUACUCGAUUCUGUCGACCAAUCUGCCCAAUAAAAUGAGUGAGAAGCUCUUCAACAAACUCAUUGACGGCUGCUCUGAAAAUAAUCAAAUCAACUACCAGAAACUGAGCACCAAAAUCAAACACGGUGAACUGAUUUAA